AUGUUGCAGGCUCAUGUGUUGUCAAAGGUUCACCACAGAAAUGUAGUGACACUGAUUGGCUAUUGCAAAGAUGGCAACCACCUUGGACUUGUUUAUGAGUACAUUGCUCGAGGAAGUCUAAGAGACCAUCUCUCAGAGAAUACUACAACUGCCAAAACACUAAGUUGGAGGCAGCGUCUACAGAUUGCACUUGAAGCUGCACAAGGGUUGGAAUAUUUGCACAAGCACUGUUCGCCCCCUAUUGUCCACAGAGAUGUCAAAACCAGUAACAUAUUGUUAACUCACAAUUUGGAAGCAAAAAUAGCAGACUUUGGCUUGGCCAAAACUUUCUUACAUGAUGCCGAUACACACGUGUCGACCGAUGUAAUCGUCGGCACUCAUGGAUAUGUUGAUCCUGAGUACCACAUGACUUAUCAACUCACUGAGAAGAGUGAUGUAUACAGCUUCGGAGUUAUUCUACUAGAGUUGGUCACUGGACUUGCUGUUUUUCUGAAGUGUCCGGAAAGAAAUCAUUUAGCUCAAUGGGUACGUCAAAAGCGCGCCGAAGGGAAUGUGGCUCAACUUGUUGAUCCGAGGCUUCAGAGGCAAUAUGAGAAUAAUGUGGUUUGGAAGGUCGUAGAUCUUGCAAUCCAGUGCACUGCUCCAGUCUCGCAUCAAAGGCCAACCAUGUCUGAAGUGGUGGUGCAGCUGAAGGAGAGCUUGGAAUUCCAGGCUAUGAGUAAAAAUCCCAAGGAUACUUUCGGUGAAGCCGUGGAUAAGAGGCAUGAGGGGGAUUCAAUUGAAAUGUUGGCGUUUAAGAACAGGGAAGGAAUGUUGGGCAGUGUUGAACCAACAGCCAGAUAAUGCAAUCACUCUUUGCAA